GCGCGCAGGCUCUAUAAAUCUACAAUCGCAUCCAUGCAUACGAACAGCGCGGACACUGGAAAGGUAUCCGAGCGCGUGUGGGAAGGGGGGACAUUAUUCUACAUCACAUCACACGGCGUUACAUGGCGUCCUUUCCAGCGACGCACUCGCUCGCGUUCUCCGUUUCCGACCCGUAGGAUCUUACAUGUUUCGACUCGCGAGCGCGGAUUCGAGUCUGUCAUCGUUGCGGACACAUUGCAACAUGCAGUGAUGCUCUGACGCGAAGGCUAUGGGUUCAGGUGCAUCCUAUCCGAGUAUUGCCAUCAUCGGAGAUUUUUCGGCACCAUUCCGAUAUGCGAGGUGUGUGGGACCUAAAUAAAACAAGCGCAUGAUGUGGCUUUCCCUCGAGGAUGUUUGCUGAUGGACAGACCUAUGAUUUUAAGACCGACAUUCUUCUGGAAGUAAAAAGAAGAAUCUGGAACAUACAAUCAUUUUACUUUCUGGAUAUCAGCAAUUCCUUCAGACUCACAUCUUUCGAAACUGGUUUAUGGAGAUUUGGUCUUUUUGUAAAGACAUUUUACCAACUGAACAGUCGUUACGUUAUCCAUGGCCAGAGUAUGCCAUCUGCACCAACUUACAGAAUCCUACGACCCCUCCUGCUUGGUAUCUUUUUAUUAGGAUGCUUUGUGACUUUGUUUUUAAUGUACAUCAAACCAUCCACGAGCUGGUUGUCAGGCCCGGUCGAGUCAGAAACGUCCACAGCCCGAGUGAAGAGCCUCCUUUCCACCCGAAGUGAGCAGAACCAGACCACCAUCCUGGUCUGGCUUUGGCCUUUCGGCGAAACCUACGACCUGAACGUCUGCAGCUCUUUGUUCAGCAUCGAUGGCUGCUUCAUCACGGCCGACCGAAACCUAUACAACAAAUCCGACGCCGUGGUCAUACAUCACAGGGACAUCACCAGCGACCUGUCCAACAUGCCGCCUGCGUAUCGGCCCACAUUGCAGAGAUGGAUUUGGAUGAACUUCGAAUCACCUUCGCAUUCAUCUCAGUUACCUGGGAUUGAAAACUUGUUUAAUUUAACUCUAAACUAUCGGCAGGAUGCUGAUAUAGAAGUGCCUUACGGAUCGAUUGUCGCAGCCCAAGGAGAGGAGGACUUUGUGCCGCCGAGCAAGAACAAGCUGAUUUGUUGGAUCGUCAGCAACUGGAACCCAGAUCACGUCCGAGUGAAAUACUACAACGAACUCUACAAGCACAUCGAGGUUCAUGCGUACGGACAGGCAUUCGGUGAGUACAUUUCCGACCAGGACUAUUUCCCUACGAUUGCAAGCUGUAAAUUCUAUUUGGCAUUCGAGAACUCGAUUCACAAAGACUAUAUCACUGAGAAAUUGUACAACCCGCUUUCUGUCGGCACCGUACCCGUUGUGCUCGGACCACCAAGGGAGAACUAUCAGAACUUUGUGCAGGGAAACGCUUUCAUUCACGUCGAUGAUUUCCCGUCUCCGAAGGAGCUGGCUGAUUAUCUCCUGUUCCUUGACAAAAACGAGGAGCUUUACCUGAAGUACUUUGACUGGCGUAAACACUUUAAGGUGAAAAAGGCGUACUUCUGGGCCGAGCACACUUGUCUGGCUUGCGAUUACGUCAGAAGGCACAACGAGUACAAAGCAAUUAACAAUCUCGACAAAUGGUAUUGGGGUUAAUUCACAACUGAGCCGCUGGACCAGAUUAACGAAAGUGGCUUGACAAUAAGAGCUUCAUAUAACUUAAUUCCAAUGAGGGUCUGUUGUGAGCACUUUUAUUUUUGUAAAAUGUCCCAAAGUAGAUGUACAUUUAUUUCGUGUUCGGUUUUCACGCGUUUAUUAAUCUGGAUGCAAAUUAUGCAGUUUAAUAAGUACGUAUUUAUUUGGAAAGCUGAUUUUGACCAAAAUGCACAAAUUCAUUUAAAGGGACAGUUCACCCAAAAAUUUAAGUUUAGUCAUCGUCUGCCCACCUUCUUGUCAUUCCAACCCCGUAUGAUCUGUGGAACACAAAAGAAGAUAUUUGGAAAGGAAAAAAUCGUGCAUUUUAGAAUUGACAUCGAGGGACAAAAGAAGAUUGUUUCAACUGUUUUUUUUUAACAGCGGGUGUUACGUUUCUGCCAUGCAACUUUUCAUCUGAAAGUUGAAAAAAGAAAAGUUCAGAACUGUAAGAUAUCAUAUUGUAAACUAAUUUUGAGUCGCAUUUACCUUUAUUUUUUUUUUCAUUCUAUGGCAGAAAAAAUAAACUACUAAGGCGUAAACAAAAGUCAUAAUUGUCAGAUAUAACUUUUAGAAUUGUCAAAUCGUCUUUUUUUUUUAUUUAUUCCAAAGUGGAGACAGAUUUCCAUAGUGUUUGCCAACACAAUGAAAGUCACACAAAAGUGAUUUCCAAAUCUUAAUGCAUGUUCUACAGCGGAAAGUGAGUCAUACAGAUUUGAAACGAUAUGGGGGUGAAUAAAUUGCUAAAUUUAAAUUUUUGUUUGAAAUGUCAUUUUAAAAAUCAGUUUUGCUGUUUUCAUACAUCUAACUACACAUUCUACAGAAAAUCAGUUUAUUUAAUGAGAACCGAGCACUUUCUGAAACUGAUAUUUUUUGAGCUUUAUUUAUUAUCACUGGUUAUUGUGUAAAUGUUAGUGCUAGAGUCAUCUAUGCAGUGUUUACAGAACUUAUGUUGUGCAAAAUGUCCAUGUACUGUAAAUGUAAUGUGUAUGUAUUUUGAGAAAACCGGCCUUUCAUUUCUAUGGUUUUGGAUGUUGUUUUGCGCAUUCAUAUUUUACCAUGCCGUAAUGGACACCUUAGUGACCGACAUGCAUUUGCUACUGAAAAACAAACAAUGCCAGAAGUGCGUCAUUGCCGAUAAUGUUUUACUGUACUGAAUAACUGCUGAUAAUAUCACUGUUAAGUAGCUUACAUGGCUUGGAUAUGUGAUACUGUGAAGUAUCAAUGUGUACUGUGAAGUUCUGUCUUUGAAAUAUUUAAAUGUCACUUUUGUUUAACAGUGAAGUGUUGAAUCGAGAGCAGGAGGCUAAUAUACAUACAGUCGUGUGUGGGUGGUGCCAUAUUCACGGGAAUGCAGAAGACUUUUUUCUAAAUGUUGCCAAAUGUUUAGACGCACUCGGAUGUUCGAGACGAAUGAAAUCAUUAUGUGAGAUGCAUAAUUACUUGUUUUUUUUCUAACUCUGAAGUUGCUUCAGAUGCAAGCUUAAAAGAUUUGUUUGCUGCCAAAGUUUUCUUUCUGAAAAAUGAUGCUUCAGAUCUGUGAUAUCUCUGGGAUUCGCAUCAUCCUGUUUCUCAGAUCGGCUUUCAUUUCAUGGUGAAGGACUGUUUUAGAUGUGCUUACAUACAUGUAGUCAGUCUAAUAUUAGAUGAGGUUGAAGAACUGUAUUAUUGAUCAAUGGGAACAUUUUCAGCUGUGGAUCACAGACUGAGCUGCUGAUAUUGUCACUGCAAACAAAAAACAAAAAACUAACAAAAAAAAGUUCUUGAAUGCUAUUUUGUCUUGUUUCUGGUUGUAAGAAAUCUAAACAUCCUUAGAAAAAUAUAUAUUUUUGCUUGAGAAGUGUAUAACACUAUUUUUCUUUUAUUUCUUUUAUCCAACGGCAUUUUGAGAAGGUAAAGUUUAAAGGUGUAAUUCAUCUAAUAAUUAAAAUUCUCUCAUAAUUUAUUUACCCGAAUUUAAAAUUUUGGGGUAACUUUACCUUUUAAAAUGAAAAUACUAAAUGCUCAUAUUUAUUUUUCCUCAUUUUUUGCAAUUUUUUUCUUUAGAGCAAAAUAAUUGCUAAUAAUAAAAAAUAACUAAUUCAUAUAAAUGGGUAAUGAAAUAAGUGUAUUUAUUUAUAUGUAGGUAUUUUACAUGAAUUUAAGGUAGGAUAAUACAUUUUAUUCUGGGAUUUGUCUUGUAAUUGCAAGCAUGUUUGAACGAAUUGAAUGCAUUUGGUAGACUAAAAAAUUAUUAUAUUUUCAGUGAAACAUGUCUUAUUAUCAAAAACAUUUUUGUACAUCAAGCAGUACUGGGUAGUAACUGAUUGCAUGUAAAUGGGUUACAUAAUCAGAUUCUAAAAGUUAUGUACUUGCAAUUACAUUAUACUACACAUUUUGAAAUGCUCAUAAUCGUAUUACAGUUACUUUUUAUGGAUUACAUGAUUAUUUAUUAUAUGUUUAAUGCAUUUCAACAUGUUGAUAACAAAGAGUGGAAUAUAUUUUCUUUUUCUUUGUUGUUUGUUGUACCUUAUAUCGUUAUGGUACACAAUAAUUACAUUGAGGUCUAUGUAAAAAACAAGAUUAAAUAAUGAUUAAGUCAUGUUGAUUUACAUAAUAUAAGUAAUCCAUAUUAUGUUUCUAACUACAAUAUUUCUCAUGUAAUUUGUAAUCAGUAAUGGACUACAAUUUGUAUCUACCCAGAUUAAUUUUUUUUCGGGAUGUUUACAUAUUUUUACUGGAAACCAAGACAAAAGCAAUCAAGACAUUGAUUUUUGCUCUGCUAAUAUGAAAAAGCACAUUUUAAUUGAUAUUUGUGGAUAACAUUUUGUUUAGCAGAAUCAUUUCCAGGCCCAGGCACUCACAAGUCAUGGAUCACGCGUAUUAUUAUUAUUAUGUCUGAAGCACAUAUGAUUGUGAGCUCUUGUUGUCAUUGUGUUGCAGUGUCUGUCAAAUUGUGCAUACUGUAUGAACAUUAACACCAUCAUCAACGGUUAAAUAUUUCAUGCCUGGGUUUUUAACUUUUGUAUUCAUGAGGGACCAUCAGUUUUGGAAAAAAAAAAAAAAAGUGUGCUAUUUUAACAAAGUCCAUCUGUAUAUUACUCAAAUGUGCACAAAGAGACAGACUUUUUUUAUAUGAACUCUGAUGAAAAUUGAGAUGCCGCUACACGUCUCAGAUCAGUGUUUGUGAAAGAUAAUGGGUUCGCCGUGAAUGCUCUUUAUGCAUUGUAAAUAGCUGUAUUGUCGGACGUUUUCAAACCUGUAGCGAAUGCCACGAGGAUGAAGUGCUGAAAUGAGACGGACAAAAUAAGCCCUUUCUGAGCCUUUGCACCGAGGAAGAAAAGUCUCCUGCUGAAGACAAAGAUGGCAGUGUUACAGAGAGACCAUUUUUUGUCCCUAAAGCGGUUUCCACAAUGAACAUCCGUAUCUUUUCGGGAUUAGGAACUAGUCUUCUGAACGCUGUUGGACCGAAAAACUUUAAAGCCUAAAAGCUUCUCUCGUUCUCAAGUGUGAUUUCUUGAACUGAUGACAGUACAAAGAUGUAUUGUGACUAAAUACGUGAACUGUGAAAAAAAAGAAUGAACUGUUUAUGGUUUCAUCUUGCUGUACAAAGUGAAUCAGAGAUUGCUUAUUUACUUACUGACCAUAAUUACUGACUUGCAUUAAUUUGUGGUCUCUCUCUCUCUCUCUCUCUCUCUCUCUCUCUUUCUUCACCUCUGUAUCUUUAUCUCCUGUGCACAAAUGUUGGCUGUGAGCUCUUGGUACCCUUUAAAACAGCCUUUGCAUUAUGAGUGUGUUAGCGGUUGUCUGACUCAGAGCCCCUGCUGACUCACACAUGUAGGCUGGUCGCACUGACGCCGGCAUGGAGUACGAUAUCUCCUCUAUGCAUUAUGGACUCGAAUGCGAAAUGACCCACAUUCCUAUUGUGCUGAGGAACUCGAGGGUGUAUAGAACUGUUCAUUGCAACGUUAAUUGCCAAAACAUUGUUAUUUGCCAAAUAAUUUACUGUAGAUGUCUGUUAGUAAAAUAAAGAGCUGAAAAUAAAAAUACGUUCACAGAA